UCCUGUAAGGUAAGCGGUGUGUAGCAGAGGGUCCGAAGCAGCAGUGUAUUGGCAGCAUUUCUCUCAUUGUGUGUGAAUGCAGGCUCCUGACACAAUGAUCUCGAUGGAGGCCCCCUCAGGCUCUUAUCGUCUGAUCCACAGCCCCUCUGGCCGUGUCGGCUCUCCCAGUGGCGUGCCGUUUAGCCUGCUGCCGGGAUCUGUGAUUCAACUCAUCCCUCAGUUCCUGACUCUCAGCUCAGCAGUGCUUCGCUUCCGUCGCGUCGACAAGCACACCCUCUCUCAGCUGAGCCUCGCUGUCGUCAUCCCCCUCCUGACGCGCCUGCUUGCCCUCCUGGUGCCGUCUUUGCCUUUUGGGGCGCAUGUCAUGGUAACCUUUCCUCAGCUGCCCCUUCGACUGGAGUCCGUGGGCGAUGGAGAUGGGAUGAGCUGCCAUCUAUCGGUGCUGUUUGAGCAGCUGACCCGACGGCUAUUCUUUCUUGAGAGGGGCGGCGACUGGGGGAGAUGGAAGCCGCACGUGGAGAUGCUCUCGGUGAUGGUGGUAGGGCAGCCCAUCGCCCUGGACGAGGUCAACUUCAGCGGAUUCGGCCAGUGUGCUGACUAUCUCGGCAAAAAUGAGGCAGUGCGGCAAUGGCUGAUCCUGAGUCGUCUAAUCGCUUUCCUGUCAAUCUCCCACCCUCAGCUCCCCACCAUGCUGAUGGACGGCAAUCGUAUCCGCCCAGUCCCCCUCCGCCACACCCUCUCGCUGCCGGACAUGCUGCCAGCAGAUCCUCUGUUCGGCAGAGGCCAGUAUGAUGCGGCCAAUCCCCCCACAGUGCUGGACGACGACCGGUCCAUCACCUACCGGAGCUACUCGUGCAUGGUGGCCUUUGUGCUGUUCAAGUAUCUGUGGGCGGCGGGUGUCCUCCGCUGUGCCAAGUCCUGGCUGUCGACCCGCCUGAUGUCCCUCUCGUCACGGCGCGCAAGGCACCUCAUGGCUGCGAGUGGGGUGGGGCAGCUGCGGCACUGUGCUGCUGUUUGCGACCGCAAGGGCGAGUACGGCUCUCACGAGCGGCUGAUCGUCCUGGGCGGCGAGCAGCUGGGCGCGACGGGACAGCUGGCCUUCCUGACAAUGAGGGACACGGGGGUGAGCUACCUGAUCAGUGUCCUGACGACGGAGUCGCCGCCUUUCGACCGCACACGGGUGGCGGUGAUGCGGGUGGUGGGCGAGCACUUCACGCUGGCAUGCAAGCUGUGGCUGGAGGAGAAAGAGGAGGAACCUGCGAUGAAGCUGCCGAGCUCUGCGGGCAUUGCUUGGAUGGUAUUUGGGGGCCUGAGGGUACACAGACACAGGACUGGGAAUCGACGAUGGGGCGUGUAGAAUAGAAGGGAAGGAAGACUUAGUGGUGGUGGUGGUGCUGCUGCUGCUCGUGGUCGUGGUUGACUGUCUCAUGGCGUGGCUCGGCUCCCUUUUGUCUCCCGUUUUGUGGUCAUUUUGCCGAUGUGCAAAUGCGUGUGAGUGGGAAGGAUGCAAUUAAUCGACAUUUGUUGAUCAGUCAAAAGUUGGAGUGAUUCUUGAUUGUUCCGCCCUCUCGCUCUCCUUUUCCUUACCCCCUGUGUGCAUGCUUCGUGCGUGUGCAUGCUGCCUGUUUGGUGUGUG